AUGCAGAAAGAUGGUGCUAUAUUGGACAACACUUAUGAAUUCCGUAAAAAUGGCAAACAUCAACCGGAUAACUGUGGUAUCAGUGAUACUUCUUUGGCAUCUGUUACUGGAAUCCGCUUACAUCAAAGCAGUACCGUUUGUGUAACAUCAUCGCUAAUCGGUGUACUAAUUGCAUUACUCUGUGUUAACAUUAUAUGGCGUCAUGGUGAUCGAGCACCAGAAAAAGUUUUUGAUGCAUUAAAAGUUGCCAAUGAAUCAUUUCCAAAUGGUCUUGGAAAUCUUACUGCACUUGGCCGAUUACAAGCACAAUUUGUUGGCGAAAAAUUACGACGACGAUACUUUGAUGACAAUAUAACAACUAGUAAACAGGUGGCCAUCAGAAGCACAAAACUUUAUCGAACAAUUGAAACUGCAAAAAUUAUUGCAAAUGAAUUUAAUGUGCCAAAUGUUUCAGUGACAGCAAAUAUUGACUUAAAAUAUGAUACGGAAGGUAAUCCAUUCUAUCAGUGCUAUCGAGCACAACAAUUAAUUGAAGGAUUUAAGAAUAAUUACUUGAUGAAAAAUGAGUAUAAGGAUUUUUACAAUUUUUUACACGAAAAGAUUAAUUACGACGGUUAUGUACAUCCGAUACUUGAUCAAAUUGUUUGUAUGAAAUAUCAUGACCUUCAUACACCGGAAUGGACAAGCAAUAAUACUGUGAUGGAUACAAUGAAAUAUCUCAGUUGGAUUGGACUAUGUGCUCGAGUUGGCAUUGAACCGUGUAAGGAUGAAAGAUUGAACAAACUUUCUGGUGGUGCCAUUUUGAAUGGUUUAAUAAAAAAAUUAAAAACUGCUGUUGACUGUGAUCGUUAUAAACAGAAUAACACAAAUCCAGACUGUGAUAUCUAUUUUUCUGGACUAUCUGCGCACGAUAUUACACUUGCUGCACUGUUUUCAACAUUUCCAAACUACAAAAAGAUUCUUGGCAACGUACCGUACAUCAAAUAUGUUGCACAUGCUGCAUUUGAGGCUUUUUAUGCAAAUUCAUUUCGUGAUGAGCUGAAAGAGAUAACACAGUAUUUGCCCGGUUGUGAACAUUAUACCACACUGUGUCCAUUAGACAACUUUGUUCGGGCAACUAAAGGGAUGUCCUAUGAUGAUGUGCAAAAGGAAUGCACUAUUGGAAUACAAAAAAAUCGUUCAAAGAGAGCUGCAUAUUUUGCUGGCAAUUUAGCUGACUAUAUGCUUGAGUAA